GAGCCAACAUGCUGUGGACUCUGCUGGCUCUUCGUCAGAUUGCCCAGAGAACCAUAAGUACUGCUUCACGCAGGCAGCUUGAAAAUAAAGUUCCAGAGAAGCAAAAGAUAUUUCAGGAGGAUAAUGGAAUUCCAGUGUAUCUAAAGGGUGGAGAAGCUGAUGCCCUCCUGUAUAGAGCCACCAUGAUACUUACAGUUGGUGGAACAGCGUAUGCCAUAUAUCAGCUAGCUAUGGCUUCAUUUCCCAAGAAGCAAGACUGACUUCAGUUUAUCAUCUCAACAGGCAGUUGGUUCAGUUUCAUUCAGCUCUCUCUGGACCAAUAAUUGAUAAAUAACUGAGUUCUUCUUUGGGGAUCAAUAUUUAUUGACUUAUACUAACUGCCAUCAAUAAAGCAGUCUUUACCAU